CCUUCACUGCGUCUCCCGCAUCAAAGAGCCCUCUGCUUCAAAGCCGAUUGCGCUGUGUACAGCGCUAGCGUCGUUGAGCAAGCAUGGUUUACACUUCCAGAGCCUGCGCCAGCCUGCUGGCGCAGCGGCUGUUCAUCCAAUCACGUUCCCUGCACACCUCUCCACUGUCCAGCGCGGCAGCAAAGGUUGCCAUGAGCAAGUUUGAGCCUGACGACUACCUGCCAUAUGAGAAGCUUGAGAAGAAUCUGCAAAUUGUUCGAAAAAGGCUGAACCGGCCUCUGACCCUGUCCGAGAAAAUCCUCUACUCGCACUUGGACCGGCCCGAGGAGCAGGAGAUCGAGCGAGGCAAGAGCUACCUGCGGCUGCGACCGGACCGGGUCGCCAUGCAAGAUGCCACAGCCCAGAUGGCGAUGCUCCAGUUUAUCUCAAGUGGCCUGAAGAGGGUGGCAGUUCCGUCAACAAUCCACUGUGACCACUUGAUCGAAGCUCAAGUUGGUGGGGCCAAGGACUUGGCAAGAGCCAAGGACCUGAAUAAGGAAGUGUACAAGUUUCUGAGCUCUGCGGGUAGCAAGUACGGCGUGGGAUUCUGGAAACCGGGCAGUGGAAUUAUUCACCAAAUUAUUUUGGAAAACUAUGCCUUCCCUGGUGUGCUCCUCAUUGGCACAGACAGUCACACACCAAAUGGAGGCGGGCUUGGUGGCCUGUGCAUCGGCGUGGGUGGAGCCGACGCCGUCGACGUCAUGGCUGACAUUCCGUGGGAGCUUAAGUGCCCCAAUGUCAUCGGUGUCAAGCUGACGGGGAAGAUGUCCGGCUGGACAUCAGCAAAAGACGUCAUCCUGAAGGUGGCCGGCAUCCUGACCGUGAAAGGUGGAACUGGAGCCAUCGUCGAGUAUUUUGGCCCCGGCGUCGAGUCCAUCUCGUGCACAGGAAUGGGCACAAUCUGCAACAUGGGUGCCGAGAUUGGUGCCACAACGUCGGUGUUCCCGUACAACAGCCGAAUGCGGGACUACCUGGCCGCAACCAACCGGAAAGAGAUUGGAGCUGCCGCGGACGCCCACAAGGAGCUGCUGACUCCCGACAACAACUGCAAGUACGACCAGGUCGUUGAGAUCAACCUGAACGAGCUGGAACCACAUGUGAACGGUCCGUUCACACCCGACCUGGCUCACCCCAUCUCCCAACUGGGCAAGAACGCCAAGGCUGCCGGAUGGCCCAUCGAUAUCCGUGUUGGCCUGAUUGGCAGCUGCACCAACAGCAGCUAUGAGGACAUGAGCCGAGCUGCCUUCCUGGCAAAGCAGGCACUGGACCACGGCAUCAAGGCCAAGUGUGCGUUCACGGUCACUCCGGGCUCGGAACAGAUUCGGGCAACCAUCGAGCGUGACGGCCAGUCCAAGAUCUUCGACGAGUUCGGCGGCAUGGUGCUGGCCAACGCCUGCGGACCCUGCAUUGGUCAGUGGGACAGGACCGACGUCAAGAAGGGCGAAAAGAACACGAUAGUCACGUCGUACAACCGCAACUUCACGAGCCGCAAUGACGGAAACCCCGCCACGCAUGCGUUUGUCACCUCUCCGGAGCUCGUGACAGCCCUGGCGAUCGCCGGCAGGCUGGACUUCAACCCUAUGACGGAUGAGCUGACAGGUUCCAAGGGCGAGAAGUUCAAGCUCAAGAGCCCGGAAGGCGACGAGCUGCCGCGCCUGGGCUUCGACCCCGGAGAGGACACGUACCAGGCGCCUCCUCCCGACGGCUCGUCCGUCAGCCUGGAUGUCGACCCCAAGAGCCAGCGGCUGCAGCUGCUCUCCCCGUUCACCAAGUGGGACGGCAAGGAUCUCGAGGACAUGGUCGUCCUUAUCAAGGUCAAGGGCAAGUGCACCACCGACCACAUCAGCGCGGCAGGCCCCUGGCUCAAGUACCGUGGACACCUGGACAACAUCUCCAACAACAUGUUCAUCGGGGCCAUCAGUGAGGAGAGUGGUGAGGCCAACAAGGUCCAGCAUCGGCUUACUGGCGAGUGGGGUGGUGUGCCUGACACAGCACGCAAGUACAAGGCCGAGGGCAUCAAGUGGUGCGUGGUAGGUGAUGAAAACUACGGCGAAGGCAGCAGCAGAGAGCACGCAGCACUCGAGCCAAGGCAUCUAGGAGGUCACGCCAUCAUCGUCAAGAGCUUCGCUCGUAUCCACGAGACAAACCUCAAGAAGCAGGGACUGCUCCCGCUGACCUUCCAGAAUCCUGCCGACUACGACAAGAUCAAGUCGGAUGACAAGAUCUCACUCCUCGGCCUCAAGGACCUCGCACCUGGCAAGCCCGUCAAGUGCGAGAUCAAGCACAAGGACGGCUCCAAGGACACCAUCACGUUGAACCACACCAUGAACGCGACACAGCUGGAGUGGUUCCGUGCCGGAAGUGCGCUCAACCGCAUGGCUGAAGUCAAGUAGUGCAACAACUGCAGAAAGCAACAUCGUGUACAGAAGCCAAGCACAGUCUUCCCGAGUGGGCAAAAAGAAAAAAAAAAAGCGCGGGAGUCUACUAUUUCUUUUUUCGUCAACACCAUCAGCACGACUCUCGAGUCUCGCGCGCCCUGCCACCGUCUCUACGUAGCAUCGUUUCUUGCAGAAUCUGCAGCAUGGAAUGGCACUGCCAUAUGUUUGUGAACAGCUGGACUUCUUCCUUCAUCUUCUUGCUUUUGCUUGUUAGAGGAAGAACUGUUUAUUUGUUCGUUUUUUUAACGUCUAGCACAUAAGGACACACCUAGGAAGAGGAAGGUAGACAAAAUAAAAAGGCCACUCCUUUGAA